GAACUGGCAGGGGAGAUCAUCCUGACGUUGGGCGAAGCUUUUGAGAUUGCAUAUCAGAUGGUGCUGAAGGAGAGAGCAGAGCUGGCCGCAGAAGAAAUGGACAAGUUGAGCGCCAGCGACGGGGACGAUACCACCUCGGUCUCCUCCAAGACCUCGGUGCACACUGUAUGA